GCUUCAACACAUUUCUGACCAACAGAGGAUUAUAAUCUAAAAACAGAGCAAGAACAAAGAAAAAAAAUCCCAUAAAAAAGAUGAUGAAUUUGGUAGCCAUUAGUUUAAUUGCAACUUCUUUAGUAGUUUCUGGGUUAUUCUCACCAAACCCACAAAACAAUGGAGGAAAAGAAGAUCAAGUUAUAGUGAAAGAAGGUCAUAGAGCCGUUGUUGUUGAAUAUGGGGAUGAUGUUAACGAUGGGAAGACAAAGGUUUCAAUCUCAUCACCACAUAGGGUAAAAGAUUUGAAUGGAGUCCCAGUUGAUGAACAGAUUUCUCGGGCUGCGGCUUCCAUUGCUGGGGUAUCACAAGAUGUUAUCGCAGAGCGAAAUGGGGUUCAUGGAGCUCGGCCUAGGGAGCUUAUAUGUGAUGCUUAUGGAAGGUGUAAGCAUAAGAUUACUGGGUUAUUGCGUAAGGCGAAAGAGAAGGCGGAGGAAGCGGAGGAGGUAGUGGAAGAAGCAGUGGAUAAAGCCAAGGAUUUGGGUUUGAGGACGGGUCGUAAAAUCGAAGAAAGCACAGAAGGUGUUCUAGGAAAUGCCAAGGAGAAAGUGAAAGAAAAAGGGGAGAAAGUGAAGGAAAAAACAGGGGAAAUGGUGGAAGAAACAGGGGAAAAGAUCAAGGAAAUGGGUAGUAAAGGUAAGAAAGAGAUAUCUGAUAUUGCAAGGAGAGGAAAAGAAGUGAUUAUGGAUGUAAUUUGGUAUGUAUUUUCAAAUGGGUAUGUUGUAUUGAAGGAAACUUUGGGAUCAAUGUUGAGUGUGACUCAAUUAUUAGGGUUUGCAAGUGCAUAUGGGAUGUCAAUAUGGGUGACAUUUGUAAUGAGUCAUGUAUUGGCAAGGGUUUUGCCAAGACAACAGUUUGGGAUGGUGCAAAGUAAGAUAUACCCUGUUUAUUUUAAGGCUAUGGUGGGGAGUAUUGGGUUAGCUUUGAUUGGGCAUUUGUUGGGACAAAGGGGUAAAGUCCUUAAAAAUAAGGCUUAUAUGCUCCAGAGUUAUAAUUUGCUGAGUUCUUUGCUUUUUGUUUUGGGUAAUUUGCUCUUCUUGGAACCAAGAGCUACCAAAGUGAUGUUUAAUAGGCUAAAACUAGAGAAAGAGGAAGGAAGAGGACGAGACCGGUCAAAUGCUCCGACAAGAGUGAUGGACACGGUGGUUAGUGAUUCGACUGGUGCGUUCCCAACUACCACCACGACAACAGGUACCACAGGCACAGUGACAACAGCAGCAACCACGACGACCACAUCUGCAGGAAGAGUAGAGGAGGAUGUUGUGAAAACCAAGUUAGAUGGUCUGGAUAAAAGAUUGAAGAAGCUGAACUCGUACUCAUCACUUCUGAAUAUAAUGAGUUUGAUGGGUCUAACAUGGCAUCUAGUGUAUCUUAGUCAAUGCCUUAGAGCAAACUGUUGAUGAUGCAGAUAGAUAGUGUAUGGAA